GUUAUAUAAAGCGUAAAUUCCCUAGAGCAUUGAAGUUGUUCUUCUCCAUCUGACUCGACAAGACACUCUUCCUCUAUUGAAGUAUAUCCUUUGCAGUCAGCAGCAUUCCCUACACUAUUGAAAGUCCAGACAUAGUGAUACAAGAGCAUCCUCGCUACAAUGUCCUACACUAUCCGUCUCCGUAUCGAGAACGGCACCUCCGACACCCUUACAGCUGUCGAAAAGACCUGCUGGUACUAUGCCAACGGAUGCACCUGGACCGAGAAGGACGGCGAGCAUGUGCUGUUCAUGGGAGGCAGCGGUACCUCUGGAAUGCUCCGCUUCAAGACAUCCUCCGGCGACUUCUUCACCGUGGUCCUGGGCAUGCACAAUUACAGCCCAUGGUCUGGUUUGCUAGUGAACCUACAAGAUGAUGAUACAGCACUGAAGUUGCAUCCGGAAUACUACAACGGGGGCAAGUUCUCGCACUCGGCGCCUGAUGCCUACAGCCCUCCGACUGCCCAUGGUAAAAUGGUUUGGAUUACUUUGCAGAGGAAGGAUGAAAAUGAGGUGUUUGCUGCUUUGAAUUACAAUUACGCCUAUGAGGUAACGGAUAGGCGAGUUUGCUAGUUUGCUGUGGGAAGGAUGGGAGAUAUGUCAUGUACUGGUUGGUCGGUUUUAGGUGCAGACGGGAAGCCCUACUUCUACACUCUAUCCUCAUGUGUACCAGGAGUGUAUUAAGACUGAAUAAGACAAAUGAAUAUUUUCACCGAC